AUGAUUCAACCCUCCUCUGCUUCCGCCAGUGACCUUGUUGCUUCUACCUCUCCACAAGAUUUAUUCAAAAAAGCAAAAGCUUCUGCAGAAUCUAAACAGACUUUGGUUAACUCCUUAGUUUGCUCCACUUCCAUCCUCUUAUCUACUCUUUGGGCAGAUUUUGAUACCUCCUCAGCUAGCGACUCUUUGAAUGCCCUCAACACUUUUAUCAUCUCCAGUUUGCGAAGGUCGAGAUCCUCCAAUUUGACUUUGCAAGUCGCAUUAUAUUAUCUUGUCAGGCUCUCUAACCAUAUUAAAGCCUGCAUCCUCAAAAAAUUUCACAACAAACACCUUUACAAUGCCAAGUCAAAAACCAAGGCUAACGUUCUCUUAUGCAAAAAAAGGACUUUUCUAACAUGUUUGAUUCUUGCCUCCAAAUUUGUGCAAGACAAAAACUAUUCCAUGAAGUCGUGGUCUAUAAUUUCUGGCUUGCCAGUUAAGGAAUUGGUUCACAACGAAACCGUUGUUCUCAAUCAUUUGAGCUUCAACCUUUACGUCAAAGGUGAGGUUUUCACCGAGUGGAGUUCUAUUAUUUCCUACUUCAUAAUGAUGUUCUCUAAGUCAAACUCCACUUCUACUUUAAUCAAGCCACAACAGCAAACUUCACUCAACAAAAUCAACUCUCAAUGGAAAUUGAUCAUCGACAAUUUAGACCCAACUUUCAAACUUUCGAAAUCUAUCAAUUAUUUUAACUUGUUGGUUUCCAAUCUUCAAAAUCUCGAGUCAGCUCCAAUUUUUAUCGAAAGUUACUAA